AGGGAAUGAGGCAGUGUGGAAGGGAGUAAAAAGAAACACAAAGAAACUUUUGAGGGUGAUGGAUAUGUUCAUUAUCUUAAUCGUAAUGGGCUCACAUGUCAAAACCCAUCAAAUUGUAUACUUUAAAUACAUUCAGUUUAUUGUAUGUCAAAUAUACCUACAAAAAUUGUUUAAAAAUGAGUAUAUUGUGACUGUUAUACAUACAACUGAAUUCUUCAGAAUUCAGUCAUGCGCUUUUUACUUAAAAAAAAAAUCAAUCCAUAAUCAAAACAAUGUAAAAAUACCUGGAUUAAAUAAUGUCAAUUUCAGGUUUCCUUUUUCCCCCAGCAGCACAGAUAACAAAAGGGCAUAGGUGUUUGGGUGUGGUUCUAUUUCAGUCAUCAAAGACGCCAGGAACAAGGACAAUGAGAGCUUUUAACUUCACUUUACAGAGACCGCACACGAAAGCACGCAAUUGGCUCGAUGUGUGAUUCUCCACCCCUAUUAAAAGGCGAUAAACACGUGCACUUUCCUUUGAGUGUGGGAAACAAGGAAAGAUGGAAUAAUCCAAAGCCAAGCCUGAGACGCCACAUCUGGCAGGGAAAUUCAACUAUAGGCUGACGCACCGGGAGCCCAGGGCUGGGAAGCGUAGGAACUAUAGAGGGAAAAAAAAACACUCAGGCUUUCUCCCAGCACCCCACUUCCGCCGGGGUCACGUGCCCGCGCCGGCGUCCCUCCGCUUUCCAGUCCGGCUCGGCCCCCUGCUCCUGUACUUUCCGUCCGGCCCUCUCGCAGUCCACUCCGGCUCCUGAGCGAAUUAAUGCCCGCCCUCUGACCGGCGAUCCACAUCUGUGCACCUCGCGGUACGGUGUCUCUCUGGGCGCGGCUAAAGGGGCAGUGGGUAGCGCAGUUCCUCUCCUGGAGAUUGGAGAGGCGUCGGGGAACCGCCGGUGUCGCCCUUCUGCUUGCUCAGCAAGAGCUGCUCAGGCGCCCCACACUGAUGAACGAUUGAAGGCUGGGCGUCGGCCUGGUAGGGGCGUUCGUCCCCUCAGUGCCCUCUAAAGGAGAAAGCCGAGGCACUGGGGUGGGGAAGAACCCAGCCGUUCUAGACUCCGCCCCCUCGCUGCUGUGGGGCUUGUUGCCAGUGCUACCUGGAGCCCCUCGGCCCCAGGCUUAGCUUCGUCGUGAGCGGAGAACCUUUUCACACUGCCCUUUCCCUCCCCGUGCAGCCCGCCGACCAUGCCCGCGGGCGUGCCCUUGGCCACCUACCUGAAAAUGUUCGCAGCCAGCCUCCUAGCCAUGUGCGCGGGGGCCGAAGUGGUGCACAGGUACUACCGGCCGGACCUGACGAUACCUGAAAUUCCACCGAAGCCUGGAGAACUCAAAACAGAGCUUUUGGGACUAAAAGAGAGACAGCACAAACCUCAAAUUUCUCAGCAGUAGACACUUAAAUACAACUAUGCCAAGAAUUCUGUGAAUAAUAUUAUAUCUUAA